AUACCCACCAAUACGACAUCUCUCUUUCAAGGCCAUUACACAUACACAUACAAAAUCUUAAAACAUUUCUGGCGAUUUCUUCUGACAAUUUUCCCGUGAAUUCACGCGAGAAAAUAUCACUGUGACAGCACAAGCGUCAAAUUGGUACUCGAAAGCCAUCUCCUCUUCCUCGCCCCAUCAUAAUCAUUUCUUCUCUUUUUCUGGCUAGGAUUCUCAAAGCCGACGAUUCUCAUCAGCUGGAUCUCUUCUUGAGACUUGCCUAUAUCUUUCAGUAUCUAGAGUUAUUUUGCCUGUAGGUCUUGUCUUUGGUCUUCUGUCGGAAAAUUUACAGAUGGCUAACUUCAAUUUCUCUCUGGUUUAUUUUCUUCUGUUGCUCGUCGCCGUCGCGGAGAUCUUUCCCGGAGCUGAAUCGGGGACAUAUUCGGGAGAUGUCGAGGGUUUGAAGGAGUUCAGGAGCUCCGUCGACCCCAACUCAGUGAAUCCAGGGUCAUGUUUGAGCUCUUGGGAUUUCACAUUCGACCCGUGUGAUAGCCUUUUCAGUGAACGGUUUACGUGCGGGUUCAGGUGCGAUGUUGUGGACUCAGAUGGAGCGAGUCGGGUGACGGAACUCAGUCUUGACCAGGCAGGUUACUGGGGUUCACUCGCUUCGCUCUCGUGGAAUCUUCCGUACUUGCAGAACCUUGACAUUUCGGGUAAUUUCUUUUACGGGUCGGUUCCUAGCUCGCUCGCGAACCUCACUCGGCUCAGUCGACUUGGUCUGUCGGGGAACUCGUUUUCCGGCGAGAUACCCACCUCGAUUGGUUCACUCUCGAGUCUCGAGGAACUCUACCUCGAUCACAAUAACCUGGACGGCUCAGUUCCCUCGAGUUUCAACGGGUUGAUAAGCUUAAAAAGGCUCGAGCUUCAAUCGAACAAAUUAGCUGGUGAGUUUCCCGAGUUGGGUUCCCUAAAAAAUCUCUACUUUUUAGAUGCAAGUGACAACAAUAUCUCCGGCCAAGUCCCCAGGACAUUGCCAACACCUCUGGUUCAAAUCUCCAUGAGAAACAACAGCCUUGAAGGCAAAAUCCCUGAAAGUAUCAACCUUUUGACUUCUUUACAAGUCUUGGAGCUGAGUCACAACCGACUCAGGGGCUCAGUUUCUGCAACUCUCUUCAACCACCCGUCUCUUCAACAACUCACUCUCUCCUUCAACCAAUUCACCUCCAUAGACUCGCCGUACGCCACUCCGGGCACCCAAAGCCAGCUCAUCGCGGUCGAUUUGAGUAACAACGAUCUCCGGGGAUUAUUGCCGGCGUUCUUGGCGUUGAUGCCAAAGCUCUCGGCUUUGUCGCUUGAGAACAAUAAGUUCACCGGAAUGAUACCGACCCAGUACGCCUUGAAGGCAGUUGUACCUGGGUCUGGAGUUGCCCCGUUAGAGAGACUAUUGUUGGGAGGGAAUUACUUGUUCGGACCCAUUCCGAGUCCAUUAAUGGUGAUGAAACCCGGGUCUGCCAAUGUCAGACUAGUUGAUAAUUGCUUGUACAGAUGCCCGGCUUCCUUCUUCUUCUGUCAGGGAGGUGAUCAGAAAUCGUUAAUGGAGUGCAAGAGAUUUAGCCCUAUGAUUCCUUGAGAACUUAUAAUUAUUAAUAUUAUCAUUAAUUAAUUAAAUUCUAAUGUAAUUUGUACUAAUUUCCGCCACUGGAGUCGUCGUCUUCUUCUUCUUCUUCUUCUUCUGUCUCUUUUUAUUGGGCUUCUGUUCUUUUGCUGUCUGGUGAUAAUUGGCCGUUGGAUUCGUUUUUAUUAGUAGAAAAUCUUGUGCUUAAUGAA